AAAUGGCGCCGACAGUUUAUCACAUGACUUAUUGGGCUCGGCAAGCAGUGACUUCCUGUCGUGGUGAAAUGACAUGCCGCUCAGAUUUCGUCCGAUUAUUCGCUCUCCCUACGCUCCAUCAAGGCUAAGCUAGUAAGGUCCCUAUCCUGGAUCCUGCCUUGGUCGUCAAAAGAUGAAUCGGGGAGCUGGUUUCCCUAAGACCAGGAUGCUUCAUGAGCUCUUCUAGAGAGGAAUCUUCCCGACCUGGCCCUUAAUGUGAUACUGUUGCGGUUUCUGUAACACCUUUUUUUAUGAGUGGAUUGUCAGCCCAAAACAAAACAUCCAACCUGGAGGGCCAGGGUGCAACAUUUUAGUCUGGCCUCUCCCCUGACAGACGUGUUGGGCUUGCUUACACCUGCCAGGAGCACAAGGCUCCCACCGACAUCGCUCUGCGGAUCCACAAAGAGCUCAAGCCACCACACCACUACAAGGCUGACUGAUUUUGCGCCUCUGCUGCUGAUUCUUAGAAUGGGCUCCGGCAUAAACACGUCCAUCCUUAUUGCUAGCUUGAUGAGUUUACUGGUGGGUCCUGUGGCAGACAAUGCAUUUUGCGUGUGGGAGGAAGCUAACAGUUGUAUAAAAAAAAUAUCAGCAAACGGAUUAAAACAUAUAUCGUUUGAAGUCUUCCACCGCUUCCCCAACAACACGAAAGCCAAUUUGUUAUUCUGCGACUGGCAAACAGAUCAUUUUGAAUGUCAGUGCGGCAGCUUCAACUGCAUUGCACAUGUAAAUGGGACUUUUGAAGCUGUUUUAAACAGUUUUGACAACUGUGAUAAAAACAAUAAUUUGGAGCUUGGUUAUGGUCCAAAAGACGGUAUUAAAUGUCGAUCUAAAAAUGGGCUGAAGACAUUCACAAGCGAUGGAACUACCUCAUCGAACACUCUUUCAAAAGAUGUGGGGACUACAUCUCCACCUGUAGUAAAUCCAACUAAUGAUGAGGAAGACUCUCGUGGGUGGAUUGUAGCAGUUAUACUUGUGCCGCUCUGUUCUGUGGCUGUUGUGGCUGCUAUUAUAUUCUACUUCUGUAAGAAAAAAGGACUCCCGACGUGUUUGACACACCAGCCAGUCAGCACAACUUAAGACUGUUGAUUACUAGCUUGUCCCAAUGAAGAGGACAAUUAGACAAAAUGAGAGUAUGUAGACUUCUUGGUACUGUGCUUCAGAAAAAGACUACCUUCUUUUUCAAUGGAGUUUUAUUUCUAUGUGCCUUUAUCGCUUAACUUGGCAAUUGUUUUUCCAACUUUCAGAAACUAUGACAUUUAUCAUCAAGGUAUAUAAUGAGCUAUUACACAAACAAUUUAUGUUACCUGGGACCUUUGGACCAGAAAGCAGAAGUAUGUAAGGUUUGUCUGAGGUUGCGUUUGUGCUUUCUUAUCCAUGUGAUUGUGUAUAUUUCUGUACAGGUUUUCUAUUUAAAAAAAUCAAUUCUAAUAAAUAUUAUUAAUGGUUGA